UUUGUGACCAGGAUAAGUAUGAUUGAUUAAGCAGUGUCGGUCUAGUGUACAAUUGCCCCAAAGCACUCCCCAAAAACCCAGUCGACUCAGUCGCUCUCAUUUGGACGAGAGAGCUCCUCCUCGAGGACCUGGGUUAUGUUCCGGAUAGGUUCGCCGCGGAUGACUCGCUUCACCUCGUCCGAGUCCAGAGUCUCGUGUUCGACAAGGGCGUGGGCCAACUACGGAUCUUGUGUCAGAAGAGAAGACAGCUUGCAAAGGCAAUACGCACCCGAUGAAGCUCGUCUAGCCGCGUAGUCAGAAUCGUAGUCGCCCGGGUUCGGCCGCCUUUGAUGAGGCUGGGAGAUAACCGUGAGCUCAUCCGGCCAAUUAAAAUUUGCCGACUCACUUGGUCACUUCUUCUUCGAUCUCGUCCUUCAAUUUACUGCUGAGAGUACCAUCUCGCGGAUCAUAGUACACUGGCCCCAAUUUUGAGAAACCCCAUUGCUGGAAAAGCGUGAGCCGCCGCAUGGACGACAGAGAUUGAUGACGCACAGUGACCAUGGACCGUGCGGUGUCCGUGGCAUUUCUGAUGUCAGAGCUGGCGCCACUGGUGAUGUUCUGCUCGCCAUAUACUUGAGGAAGGUCAGGAGACUAAUGAUGGAGCAUGCGCAAUCUGACCGACGUUCGAUCUUCUUC